AUGGCAAUGGCAAUGGCGUCUUCCGUCUUUCUAACCGCUUUCUUUCUCUUCUCUAUAGCCUUUGCUGCCAACUCCCGCACCCUUCCCGCCUUCAAAAGCAUCUAUCAAUUUGGAAAUUCCCUCUCCGAUACCGGAAACUUACUCCGUUGGGGCAAAAUGUUUUUCCCCGCCGACAAACUCCCAUAUGGCAAGACCUACUUCUGUAACGCCACCGGUAGGUUCUCCGACGGCCGCCUCAUCGUCGACUACAUCGCCGACGCAGCUAACCUCCCGUUCCUCGACGCGUACCUGGACAAAAACGGUUCAUUUGCUCACGGCGUUAAUUUCGCCGUCGCCGGAGCAACGGCGAACGAAAAAGAAUUUUUCGACAAGCGAAACAUUCACUACAAGGAAUUCAAACCUGCGAUUAACAAGCAACUGGAGUGGUUCGAAUCCUACAUUAACUCAACAUGCUGCACCUUCGAACAAUCUCUCUUCAUCUUCGGAGAAUACGGCGGGAACGAUUACUUCCUCGCCUUCGACGAAGGGAAAGGAAAGUCCAUUGCUGAGGUCAUGACUUACGUCCCUCACACCGUCGACUCCAUAAUUAACGGAGUUAAACGGGUCAUCGAUCACGGAGCGAAGCGGGUCCUAGUUCCGGGUCCCUAUCCAUUCGGGUGCUUGCCGUCGCUACUGACCUCCAAAGCCACCCACGACGCCGCCGCGUACGACCAAUUCGGAUGCCUGAAAGCGUACAACGACUUCGCCUCCUUCCACAACAGCUUCUUGAGCGUCGCUUUGUUUAACCUCAGCCAACAAUACGCCGGCAAGGACGUCGUGAUAGUCCACGGCGAUUUUUACGGCGGUUUCAUGAAUAUUUUACACAACGCAAAACAGCUUGGAUUCAACGACGAGAACGGGGCGUUGGUGAAAGCUUGCUGCGGAGGGGGUGGGACUUACAAUUUCAAUAACAUCACAUCUUGUGGAAGGGAGGGGUCUACGGUGUGCACCAACCCGACGGCCGCCGUGCACUGGGACGGCGUUCAUCUCACCGACGCCGCUCACCACUAUAUUUCGCUGUUCGUCAUUGAUCGAGUGUUUGACAAGCUCGCCCUUUAA